AUGCCGGAGAUAUUGAGGAGUAGUUUGACAAAUGUGGUUUUAUUAUUGUUGUCAUUGGGGAUAAAUGAUUUGAUUGGGUUUGAGUUUAUGGACCCGCCAUCGAAGGAAUCGAUAAUGAGGUCGUUGGAGGUAUUGUAUGCUUUGGGAGCAUUGAAUUCUAAAGGGAAGUUAACGAAAACGGGAUAUAAGAUGAGUGAAUUUCCUUUGGACCCGGUGUUGACGAAAUGUAUUUUGUUGAGUGAGAAAUAUGGGGUGACGAAAUCGAUUAUUGGGAUGAUUGCGAUGAUUAAUGAACUGGGUAAUUUGUUCUAUAGGCCGAAAGAUAAGAAAGAACUUGCUGAGAAGAGGAAGGAAGAAUUUGUGAAUGAAUUGGGGGAUCAAUUGAUGUUGAUGAAGAUUUGGCGGGAUUGGUGUGAUGUUGGAUAUUCGAAAUCUUGGUGUGAUGAUUAUUUUAUUCAAUAUAAGACGAUGAGAAGGGUUAAGAAUGUGUAUGAUCAAUUAAUUAAAUUAGUCAAGAAAAUAGGAAUUGAAAUAUCGAAAGAUGGUGAGAGUAGUGUUAAUAAUCGAAUGAUUCAAAAGGCUAUAGUUGGUGGAUUUUUCAUGAAUAUUGUCAAAUUGAAUAACAUGGGAGAUGGAUAUCUGAAAUUGAAAGGCGGGAAGAAUGAUGUUGGAUGUUUUAUUCAUCCUUCAUCUUCAUUAUAUAAGGUUAAACCUAAACCGAAGAUGAUCUUAUAUAAUGAAUUGGUACUUACAAGUAAAGAGUAUAUGAGAAAUUGUAUGAUUGUGGAUGAAAAUUUAGUCAAAGAAAUGGCUAGUCAUUAUUAUAAUCCGAUAGACAAUAAAAAGCAGAACCAGUAG